CAGAGCCGUGCGGGGGCUUGGGGAGGGCAGGUUGCCGUCUGCGGGCGGGUAGGAGCAGUGUCCCCGUGCGGCCCGAGGGCAGGCGGAGAAGAUGACUGGAAGAGCUAGAGCCAGAGGAAGACCUCCCAGACAGACACCUCUUCCUGCUGCGGUAGGAGAUGCACCUUGGCAGGUCCAGCAGGGCAUGCCUGGCCCUCUGCGUGGCCGGCGGCACCCGCAGCAGCACCCGCAGCAGGCACAGCAGCAGCUGCAGCACCCGCAGCAGCUCCAGCAGCUCCAUGUUCCUCCAGCACAGUCGGAAGAGCCCGGGGGCCACGGGCACCUGCGCGGCUGUGAGACCCCCCUGCAGGAGAGGAGGCCAGAAGGCUUACAGGUUUCCUCAGGACUCCAGGAUUUGUCUUUAAGAGAUAGGGGUGGACGUCGCAGAGAUUUCCAUGACCUUGGGGUGAACACUCGGCAAGCCAUGGUGCACGUUCAGGAAUCCAAAACUGGUUUUUCAGGGAAAAUGAUCAAGCUGACCACCAACCACUUCCGGCUGACGUCGCGCCCGCAGUGGGCGCUGUACCAGUACCACGUUGGCUACAGCCCCGAGAUGGAGGCGCGGCGCCUGCGCUCGGCUCUGCUCUUCCAGCACGAGGAGACCAUCGGCAAGACCCAUGCCUUUGAUGGCUCCAUAUUGUUCCUGCCAAAGAAGCUCGAGAACAAGGUUACUGAACUGUUCAGUAGAACUCGAAAUGGGGAGGAUGUGAAGAUAACAGUCACACUCACUAAUGAGUUGCCACCCACUUCACCUACUUGUCUGCAGUUUUACAACAUCAUUUUUAGAAGGCUUUUGAAGAUGCUGAAUUUGCAGCAGAUUGGACGGAAUUAUUACAACCCCAGUGAUCCAGUCAGCAUCCCUAACCACAGGCUGAUGGUGUGGCUGGGCUUCACAAGUUCCAUCCUGCAGUAUGAGGAGAACAUCAUGCUGUGUGCAGACGUGAGCCAUAAGGUUCUCCGUGGGGAGACAGUGCUGGAUACUAUGCACAGCCUUCACUCCCAGGUUGGAGAGGAGAGAUUUAGAGACGCCUGUGCUAAAGAGCUGAUUGGUUUAAUUGUUCUCACAAAGUACAAUAACAGGACGUACAGAAUUGAUGACAUCGACUGGGAUAACAAUCCAAAGAGUACCUUUAGAAAAUCAGAUGGUUCUGAGAUGAGCUUUGUGGAGUACUACAAAAAGCAAUAUAACAUAGAAAUUAGUGAUUGGAUGCAGCCUGUCCUGAUCAGUCAGAUGAAGAGGAAGAGAGGGAACAUACAAGGAUCUGUGGCUCUGAUUCCAGAGCUGUGCUCCCUAACAGGACUGACUGACAAGAUGCGCAACGAUUUCAAUAUGAUGAAAGACUUGGCCAUCCACACACGGCUGCCGCCUGAGCAGAGGCAGCGCGAGCUUGGCAGGCUUCUCAACUACAUCCAAAAAGAUGACAAUGUUCAGAAGGAGCUCCGAAACUGGGGUUUAAGCUUUGAUAAUAAAUCGGUGUCCUUUACAGGAAGAAUUGUUCAAGGAGAAAAGAUCUUUCAAUCAGGAGCCGUGUUCGAUUACAACCCUCAGUUUGCCGACUGGACCAAGGAGACGCGCGGCGUGCCCCUGAUCCGCUCCAUGCCCAUGGACACCUGGCUGCUCAUCUACACGCGCCGCAACUACGACGUGGCCAACACCCUGCUGCAGAGCCUCUUCAAGGUCACCCCCUCCAUGGGCAUCCACAUGAACAGGCCAAGCAUGAUUGAAGUAGAUGAUAGAACAGAAGCAUAUUUAAGGGUUUUACAGCAAAGGGUUACCUCUGACAUAAACAUUGUAGUUUGUAUCUUGUCUAGCUCCCGAAAGGACAAAUAUGAUGCCAUCAAGAAAUACCUGUGCACAGACUGCCCCAUCCCCAGCCAGUGUGUGCUGGCUCGCACUUUGAGCAAGCCCCAGACUAUCAUGACGGUAGCAACGAAAAUCGCCUUGCAGAUGAACUGUAAAAUGGGUGGAGAGCUCUGGAGUGUCGAGAUCCCCCUGAAGCAGGUGAUGAUUGUGGGCAUUGACUGUUACCAUGACACCGUCUCUGGGAAGCAGUCCAUCGCCGGCUUUGUCGCCAGCCUCAAUCAGUCAGUCACAAGGUGGUUCUCCCGCUGUGUUGUUCAAAGUCGUGGGCAAGAACUUGUGGAUGGAAUCAAAACCUGCUUGCAAGCUGCUCUGAGGAACUGGUCUAAAUGGAAUAAGUCUUUGCCCUCUCGUAUUUUUGUGUAUCGUGAUGGUGUUGGAGAUGGACAGCUCAAUACUUUGGUUAAUUAUGAAGUGCCUCAGUUUCUGGAUUGCUUGAAGAGUAUUGGUACUGACUACAGCCCGAGGCUCACUGUGAUUGUGGUGAAGAAACGAGUGGGUGCCAGGUUCUUUGCAGAGAUUGGGGGAGGACUCAAAAACCCACCCCCAGGGACUGUUGUUGAUACAGUGGUGACCAGACCAGAGUGGUACGAUUUCUUCGUGGUGAGCCAGACGGUGAAGAACGGCUGCGUGGCACCGACCCACUACAACGUCGUCUACGACACCAGCCAGCUGAAACCCGACCACGUGCAGCGCCUCACCUACAAGCUGUGCCACAUGUACUACAACUGGUCGGGUAUUAUCAGAGUACCUGCUCCUUGCCAGUACGCUCAUAAAUUGGCUUUCCUCGUGGGUCAGAGUAUUCACAGAGAACCAAACAUGUUGCUUUCAGACAGACUGUACUACCUUUGAAGCUGAGUUACCAGCCAAACAUAAGAGAGCAGUUCCUCUCUGGGGAAUGUAGCAUGGUCUGGGCUUUUGGUUUAGUUCUGGUUUUUCAUAAGAGACGUGCACAGGAUAUGUGCAGUUGUGGAAAUUAUUUUAUUUUCAUUGUACCAAGAAAAGCUUGAGAUUUGCAUUUUGAACAGGUGUCUGCUUGCUAGAACAACUACACAAAUUUUUAUGAUUUUUGAUACUUAUUUUCCAAAGUUUUUCUCAAAUUCUUCCCAAAAGUUAAUUGGUUGUUCUUAUUUACAUUUUGAUAAGUCUUACACAGAAUUACUUCUUGCAUGGGAGAUAGAGUUAUGCAGACCAGAAUCCCAGCUCUUCCAGCUAGUUUUUAUCCUUCUAAUAUUCAAAAUGCUUCAAUAUUGUUGAUUCCUUGUUUUUCUUGGUUCAAAUGAGGGCCAAAUUUGUCUCCUGAGCUGUUUCAUACCUUAAGAGGAGGUGACCAGAUGCUCUUGGUCAGCAGGGCUUUGUCUGAAGGCUGCACAGCGCUGCAGAACCGCGGGCAGGGUUUGGAGCAGCUGUGGUGCUGCCAGGGGGCCCCGAGGGCUGUGCCAGGCUGCUCAGCUCAGGGGCACUGCUGUGUGCAGCUCCAGGCUGAGGGCUCAGCUCUGCAGCAGGGGAGGGCUUGGGCUGAGCCUGUGCUGCUGGAGCAGCUCUGGGGACAGGGCCUGUCCUGGGGCCCUGCCCUGCCUGCUCUGGGAGGAGAGGGCUGCAGACAGCUGAACUGCUGGGCUGCUCCUGCUCCACACAGGCUUCCUGACUGAGAAAUGCCAUUUCCAUCAAGAGCACCAGUGCACUGGCAGGCUUGGGGGUUUUGGUUUUGUAGUUCCAAGCAAUGGGAAGCAGCCCUGGUUUGUUCGUGUCUGAGGUUUUCAUUGGUCACUGUUCUGCAGCCCAUUUGGUGAAACUAACAGCAGGUGUGGGGAUGGAGGUUCAUUUCACAUUUUUGCAGUAGCAGAGGCAAGCUACUGCACGUGGAGAAAUUCAGAUUAGCGCUGGUUUUCUUAACCACCUUGUUGUGAACCUUGUUGCUUUUCUUUGUGAGAUUUAAAUAAAGUUGUUGCUGUAAUCCUU